AGCACAGCAAUUGAUAAAUAUUCAUUGCCGCAACAAGCGAAGCGCCCUGGAGGAUUGUGGAGCAACUUGCAGUGAUCCCAUUGGUUGUACGGGUGUCCAGCGCUGUGAAGGAUCUGAGCUCUUUCUAUUGAUCAGAGGGAAGGAGAGUAAGAGACCUAGAACACAGCGUCCUGGUUCUGGUGGGAGAUUGCUUACGAAGUUGCCAGCAGUUUAUUAUUAAGGAUUUUUUUUUGUGUCACUGUAGGCUGUGUCGACAAGAUAUGGGAUGUAAAAUGCUCUGAUGCAGAGACUAUGAGCAACGAGGAUUUAUGCUCCCACCCUUGCGAUUUAAUAUCAGUGUUGCAGGAGCCGUACAGCCUCUCGCUCUUUGUACAUGGCAACAAAGGCAUAGCUCGGAAGGGCCAGGAAUCUUCUUGCUGAUGUGACAGAAGGCACUGUUUCGUGAAAUGGCUUCCUCCGAUUCCUCUCUUUUCCAUCUGGAAGAUAGGAAAGGAGAGGAAAUUGAAUGCCAAUUGUCCAACGCGGCCCUGGGUGAAACUGUGAGAGAAGAGAAUAUGAUUGAUGAGGCCUCGGUGUCUGAGGGUCAACUCGAAACGGAAGGACAGAAGCCAAAACCAGGUAACCAUUUGACUGAAGAGUUGGAGUCCUCUUCAGAUGAAGAAUACGGUGAAGAAUUUGUUUUCGAUAGCCUGGGUGAAGAUGAUGACAGUAUCGAAAACAGGCCCCAGCUGAACUCACCAGAAAAACUGGGUGAUAAUCAGGCUGCCGAUGUUCUACAUACAACAUCAAUAUCUGAUGCAACAAAGUCAACACAAUUUGUACAGGAUGAUGCCCUCCUAAACACAAGCCAACCUUCCAUAUUCCCUGCAGAGGAAACUUUGAGCUCUGCGUCUCACCUGAAUCCUGCUGUGUCUCCUACAGCUUCGAUUGUGCAUUCUAUUAGCAUGGACUCUGCUACCACAGCCCCCGGGCCAGGGAGUCCUUCCACUGCUCUGCGCAAUGAAUCUACCAGUAGCUUUGAGGCUGACAUCAAAGAUGAAUCCUGGAAUGAAACCCUCUUGUAUAACACUCAGCCUCCUGUGGAUCCCUGUACAUCACCAGAUAUGCAGGCUGAUGUCAUCUAUGAUGAUGUUGCUCAUGACGAUCGAUCUCCUCAGGAGCAGGUGCCGAUGGAUGAAUUGAUCUACGAAGAUGUACAACGAGAAACUGGUUGCGUCAGUCCAAAUCAGCUGGAGGAAGGCUGGAGUUCCAGUGAGUUUGAGAGCUAUGAUGAACACUCUGAUGAAGAAAAUAAACCUGGAGGCGAGCAGCAAAAAUACAAAGCGGUCCUUCAGCCAAAGCUUUCCCCGGAUCUCAGUAGACUGAAGGAGAAGUACGCCAGGACUAAGAGAGAAUUCCUGGCCAUGAAAGUCAGGGGCAGAGACGUGCAGGAGCUGAAACAGCGAUAUGAUUGCAAGAUGCAGCAGCUCAUGAAGGCGGCAAGGAAUGGGACUAAAGACGGAUUGGAGAAGACAAAAAAUGCAGUAAUGCGCAAAGUAUCCUUCCUCCAAAGGAGAGAGUCUCAAGAUCAGUAUGAAGAGGAUGAUGCUGGAUAUCUCGAUGUUCAGGUGUCGGACUCGAAACAUCCUCCACCGGAGCUUAGUCCGAUGCCACCAGGGCUGAGUCCUCAGCAGAUUGUACGAAGGCACAUCUUGAGUUCAAUUGUACAAAGUGAACGGAGUUAUGUCGAAUCUCUGAAACGAAUACUACAGGAGUAUAAGAAGCCAUUGCUGGAGGCUGAGCCCAAGCUGAUGAGCCUGAGGAAGUUGCGGGUGGUGUUUUACCGUCUAAGGGAAGUUCUUCAAUGCCAUUCAAUGUUUCAGAUUGCCUUGUCUUCACGGGUGGCCGAGUGGGAUGUCACAGAGAAAAUUGGAGAUCUCUUUGUAGCUUCAUUCUCAAAGUCAAUGGUGCUGGAUGUAUAUAGUGACUAUGUGAAUAACUUCACCAACGCCAUGGCUCUCAUUAAGAAAGCCUGCCUAACUAAACCUGCUUUUCUGGAAUUCCUGAAGAGGAAACAAGCCUCCAACUCUGACCGGAUAACGCUCUAUGGGUUGAUGGUGAAGCCAAUCCAACGGUUCCCACAAUUUAUUCUAUUGCUUCAGGAUAUGCUGAAGAACACACCAAGGGGGCACCCCGACCGGCUCUCCUUGCAGCUCGCUCUGACGGAGCUGGAAACCCUGGCUGAGAAGCUCAACGAGCAAAAGAGAGUGGUGGAUCAGAUAGCUGAAAUUCAGCAGCUGGCAAAGAGUGUGGGAGACCGCAACCUCAACAAGUUGCUAGGUUCUGGCCAGCGGCAGGUGGUCCUGUGUGAGACUCUGACAGAAACGGUUUAUGGAGAGAGGGGACAGAUCCUAAAAUCCAAGGAGCGGCGGGUGUUCCUGUUGAAUGACCUGCUCGUCUGUGCCAACAUCAAUGUAAAGAGCCAGCCAGACAUCGGCAGCCUGGUCCCAGUUGGCCCAAAGUACACUGUGAAAUGGAGUGCCCCACUGCUGCAGGUUCAGGUAGUGGAGGUUGGCCAAGAAGGGAAAGGCUACGACAAGGACACAAUAAUCUUUCAGCAUCCAGGGAGUAAAAAGACCUCCUCUACCUCUCUAUCAACUAAGAUUUACAUGGGUCCUCCUCGGCUAUACCAGGAACUUCGGGAACUACAACAGGAUCUGGUUGUUGUAAAUCAGAUAAUGCAGCUUAUUAGCACCCUUAAUGGCACUUAUCGGAACCUAAACCUUACUGUUGCCCAGGACUGGACGAGAGCCCUGCAGAGGCUGAUCAGGAUUAAGGAGGAUGAGAUCCAGUCAGCAAACAAGUGCCACCUCCGUCUCCUGUUACCAGGGAAACCAGACAAGUCUGGAAGGCCGGUUAGCUUUAUGGUGGUGUUCAACACGCCAAACCCUCGCAGCAAAAUCUCUUGGGUGAAUCAGCUGCACAUGGCUAAAAUUGCACUAACAACAGAGAACCAGCCUGGCUGGUUCUGUAUCGAGGAUGAUGGAAAGACAAAGGCUCCUUUUUGGUGCCCUUUGCUCGCCUGUCGUAUGCCCAUGUAUGGCUCAAAGUGUCAGGACCUUAAGCCUGAAGCAGCUCUUCACACUCCAGUGCAAUCAUCCUUACUUGGGAUUUCCACUGCCAGCACCUGUCUGGCACAGGGAUACCUUUGGAUCGGCAGUGGGCGAGAACAGGGCCAAGGGCAGGUUGACCUUUUCUCACUAAACAGAUCCACUCCCAGGCACGUCAAGUCUUUCCAGGUCACCUCCCGGGUCUUGUGCAUGGAGUAUAUCCCUCAAAAGGUCAGGGGUGAAGAGGAUAUUGAUUGUCCAUUGGAGAAGUCUGCAGACAACCCAGUUAUUGUUAUGGGACUUCAAGAUGGAAGUGUGGUGGGAUAUGGUGGUGUUGACAUGGCAACCCAGUCUCUGUUUACAUUUAAAAGCCCCGCGGAGAUACCUGUUGUGUGCCUCAAGCAUUUGCUGGAUGUUCUGUUUGCUGGGCUACAGGACGGGACUGUUGCAGUGUACGCCAGGUCAGCCGAGGGAAGCUGGGAAUGGGAUUCUCCCCGAUCUGUAAAAGUUGGUUCGGCUCCAAUCCUUUCACUCCUGGCGGUGGACGAUAUGAUGUGGGCUGGCUGUGGGAAUCGGGUCACUCUGAUCAACGUCAAUUGCUUCACUACACGGUGCUUGGAUGCCCAUCCCGAUGAAGACAUGAAUGUGACCCACAUGAUGAAGGCUGGCGGUGGGGUGUGGAUGGCCUUUUCUGCAGGAUCCUCAAUCCGAUUAUUUCACACGGAAACCCUGGAACAUUUGCAGGAAAUCAAUGUCGUUCCACGCAAUGCACUCUUCACUCCAGGCCAAAAGAACAUUUUGGUGACAUGUUUGCUGGUUUGUCAAGGAAUGCUGUGGGUUGGAACCAAUCAAGGAAUUUUAAUUACUUUACCAGUACCGAAACUUGAAGGAAUUCCAAAAGUAACAGGAAAGGGGAUGAUCUCGUUAAAUGCCCACUGUGGACCUGUAGAGUUUCUGAUCCCAACCACUGGCUCUCUGGACUUGGAAUUAUUGAAAAGCGAAUCCACUGAGGAUGUGCAUGAAUGCCAAGAGACAGAUAGCAAAGGAGAUUCUUCCUCCCAGGAGUCCAUUCAGGAUCUGCAUCAGGAUAAAAAGCAAGGGAUCUCCCUGUGUUACAACCUACACUCAACCUCCCACCUACCCGGUCAGUUACUGUCUGCGUAUGACGACGAGGUCCAGGCCAGUGGCAAUUCUCCAGAGCACAGCAUCGAGGAUGGUUCCAUAUACGAGAUAGUGGAUGACCCGGACGUGUGGGUUCGAAGCAGGUCUUCGACCCGAGAGGUUGCCAAAAAGGAGAAAGUCAGCUCGGUGGCUAUUGCCUCUGGAGGCAGGGGCUAUCAGAACUUUAACAGAGACUUCAAGCCAACUGUGCACAGCAGCAGCGAGAACAUGUUGUUGAUCUGGCAGAUUCCAUUGACUCUGUAGUGUUGCAGCAUUGUGCACAUUUGUAGAAUGUGACCACUGGAAGUCUAGGAUCGUGCCGUGUUUAGUUGUCUGUAACUCUUAAGGGUUUUAAAGGGAAACAUCUCUUUUGCAGAGUUACACACUCAAUCGGGAAGUUGUACUUCCCUAAUAUACUCAGCAUGAGGAUUUCAAAGCGUUCUAGAGUGACCUCUUUCACAUUGGGCACUCCCUUUUGAAGGAGGAUUCAAAGCCAUCACUUUUUUGCCCUUUGUUUUCUAAGGUCGGUGAACUGGGCACUGCAUAGAAAGCAGGCGGGGAGGAUAUUUUGUGCCAUAAUUUUAUUUUUCUCUCUCCUUUCCUCCCUCCCUUAUUCUUUGUCUUUUUUUCCCACCUGAGUCACCCCAUGCCUUGAAGAAAAGGGAACGCCGAAGUUACUUCCUCUUGAUUUUUCACACUCCUUCCCACCCUUUCCCCCACAAGGUGCGGCCAUGCUGGGGAAUGAUUCUAUGGGCGCUGGCAGCCCUUUAGUGCUGCACCUAAAUGGCUUAUCCUCACAUGGGAGCUUGGACAUUGAAUGUCUUCAGGCUAAUUGACUUUGGAGGGCAUUGAAGCUGAACUUGAGCAGGUAUUUAUACGCAUGCACUUUCCAGCAGAGGUCACUGGAUUGCAGUCAGGAAUGGGAACGCUGGUGGUUAAUAUCUUUCCUUUCUCACGUUUUUGGCCACCUUCUUCCAACCAAGGAGCAGUGUGCUAAUCACCUUGCAUCACUCUUGCAUUCUGAAAUACUGACUUACAAAUGGCAGUGGUGGAAGCUUCUUCAGUCAUUUAGAAAGAUAAUUUGGAGCAGAGGGUUUUGUGAAAAUAAAGAUCUUUGUCGGUCGCGA